GAAGACGUUUCUUACGCCAUCUUGGUACCUACAUAAAUUGGAUAGGAAGUCUAAACCAAGAGUGUAAACAUAUUUUAAUUGCAGGUGUGAAAAUUUAAAUCUUAAUGAUUUUAUCUCCUCAAAAUUAACAAGUGAAAUUGAGCAUUCUCUACUUAUACUAAACCUCACUACUAUUAGAUACUAAAUCAGACGACUACAACUACUAUUAAAUUACUACUAUGAAUACUAUGUCUUAGUAUUUCUAUUAGUAGUAAGUACUAACUCACUAGACGCGGCUCUAGACAAGAAUCAAGAAGAUUAAAAGAUAAAAGAGUCUUACUAACAAAGACUAUAUAAGUUCACUAAGACAACAAAGAGUAAGAGCAAUACGAGAUAAUAAAUUUAACUAAACCUAGUAAACAUUAAUAUUAGAUACUUUGGUCAAAAAUGUAAACAUUUUUUAGAAAUAAACUUUAAACCAAUGGCACAGUUGAAUAGAGCUAAUUUUAAACAUAAUUAUAACACCAAAAUCAUAUUUUUAGCUGUUGUAGUUUUAAAGUUAUGAAUUUUUAAAGUAUGACUUGGUUUGUCCUUUUUUAACAGACUGCAUCUCCACAUUCUGUGACCUCAUUCCGCUGAUCGCGUCAUGCGCAAUGACUAUAUAGUUUAUAUAAGGUAGAUACUUUUGUCAAAAAUGUAAACAUUUUUUAAAAAUAAACCAAUGGCACAGUUGAAUAGAGCUAAUUUUAAACAUAAUUAUAACACCAAAAUCAUAUUUUUAGCUGUUGUAGUUUUAAAGUUAUGAAUUUUUAAAGUACGACUUGGUUUGUCAUUUUUUAACAUAGACUGCAUCUCCACAUUCUGUGACCUCAUUCCACUGAUCGCGUCAUGCGCAAUGACUAUAUAGUUUAUAUAAGGCAAUGCAUUCCCUUAUCACUAAAAUACUGUUUAGGGUCGACUUAUUUUAAACUUUCAACUUUGGCACAUGAAUAAUUAAUAAAAGCUUUCCCUGACCAAUGGUUUAAUAGCUUUUGCACACGGCAAACUCUUAUGAAUGAAACUCUGAGAUAGUACUACGACGUAGCCGUUAUGCAAGUGGCUGUGAAUGGUUGCCAAUGACAACGUGUUGCACAGGGAAAUUUCUGAUCAUUUAUAAUAUGGACUCUACAGGGUUUUUAAAGCUCAAAUUAAAACAUUUCCAGUUUAAAUGUCUUCAAAAUGCAUUCUGAAACACAAAAUAUAAAAUAUUUUGAUGUAUAUAGUGGUAAUAAUUAAAUAUUUCCUAAGUAUCGGCAACUUCCGCCAUUAAAAAGGGGGCGUGGCCCACGCCAUGGCGAAAUUAGGCUGAGCCACUUUAUGGUGAUAUGGGUCACUGUGACAAGUGUAACAAACGUGAGACACGACCUACAUCAAUGAAACUUGGCACAGAUAUAGAUCAAUAUCUAAUGCUCAUACAGAUUUAAUCAAAAAGGACCUUAUCUUAUUAUUUCACAAAAAAUUUUGUAUGCGAAGAUGCCUUAUAUAUACCAAAGAUUUUCAAAAUAAAGGUCGAUUGAAAAAAGCAAAAUAGCUGGCUAGAAAUGUAGGCCAAGAUGUCUUCCAAAUUAUAAGGCCGGAAACGGAACUCAAAUCUAUGUGGAAAGAACUAAUUUAAUAAUAAAUAGACACACACAUCGGAAAAUUAAAAACUCGGAUUUUUCGGCGCCGACGCCCAUUUCCGAUACAAAAAAAAUAGUAGUCUCCCUUGUUUCAUCAAAGUAUCUAAUAUAAGGCAAUGCAUUCCCUUAUCACUAAAAUACUGUUUAGGGUUGACUUAUUUUUAACUUUCAACUUUGGCACAUGAAUAAUUAAUAAAAGCUUUCCCUGACCAAUGGUUUAAUAGUUUUUGCACACGGCAAACUCUUAUGGCUAAUUAUGUUAUUAUUACCCAUGACGUCAUUUGCAUAUUUAUUUAAAAUUUGUGCAAGGAAAGGCAGGAGUCAUUCCCCUUUGUUGAUAUUGUUGUUAAUUUUAUUGAAGUGUCGGAAGUGGUGACGGCGAAGGAAUAUUUUAAUAACCGGUUGGAACAAGAUUUCGUGUGAAUAAUUAACGAAGAUUUAAAGAAAAGUUAAAUUUUGUGGUUUUAAAACUGAAAUUUUAUGUUUUUGGAAUUCAUGCAGAGAGUGUGGAAUUGUCAGAAUGUUAGAAAUAUUGAUGAAAAAUAGAGAAAUUAAUUUUCGUAUAUGGUACUUGAAAAUCAUGCGGAUCUAGAAAGGUGUGAUUAAAUAUUACGUCACUGUCGUCUUAUUGUGCUCCGGUGUCCGGCGGUAAGUUCAAAAUAUCCAAAAUUGUCAUGGGGAGGAGCAGUUCGACUCAUAUCUAUAUGAAUAUAUGUGGCGACGCUCGUGUGGCACUAAAGAUCAAAUGAGGGAAUUUUUAAAUGUCAUAAAAAUUGUGUAUCCGCCCCAUUUACGAGAUCUUGCUUCGUAAAGAGUGAGUAAAAUAACGAAUUAUCAUUUGAAAAUUUCAUUGUUUUUUGUAGCUUUUUAAAAUCGUCCAUUACCAUGCAUUUCUGAAUUUUAGGGUUAAGGUUAGGGUUUAGGGUUUAUUGUUAGGUUUAGGGUCAGGGUUAGGGUUAGGUUUAGGGUCAGGGUUAGGUUUAGGGUUAGGUUUAGGGUCAGGGUUAGGUUUAGGGUCAGGUUUAUGGUUAGGGUCAGGUUUAGGGUUAGGGUCAGGUUUAGGUUUAGGGUUUAGGAUCCAGGUUAGGGAUUUGCGCCAUCAAAUUUUUGCUCAUUUUUCAAAAAUUUCAACAAAAAAAAAAUUCAAAUUUUACUCGUUUUUUACAAAUUUUUUUAAAAAUCAUUUUUCUUAAAUUUCAAAAUUUAAUAGUUUUUUACAAUUUUUUUAAAAUUACAAAACCAAAUUUUUCGUUGAUUUUUUAUUUUUUUCCGAAAAAAUUUUUUUCUUCCAUUUCUUUACAUUUUACAUUUUCUUUAAAAUAUUUUUCACAGAUUACUAUAUAUUUGUGUGUUUUCCUAUCUUGAAAAUUAAAUUUUCUUGUAAUAUUGCUUAUUUUCGAUCUUUCGGUAAGUUUUUUGAUAAAACGCAUUCUCCCCAACCGUUCCCUUUUUGUACAAUACGUGUCUUUGCACUACUUUUUUUUUUGGGUCGGCCGCCAUCUUGGUUGACAUGAUCCGUGACCUUCACACGGAUCAUGUCAACAAAGAUGGCGGCCAUGCUUGGGAAACCCCGGGUACCACUCUCAUCAUUUACCACUCUUAUGAAUGAAACUCUGAGAUAGUACUACAACGUAGCCGUUAUGCAAGUGGCUGUGAAUGGUUGCCAAUGACAAUGUGUUGCACAGGGAUAUUUCUGAUCAUUUAUAUUAUGGACUCUACAGGGUUUUUAAAGCUCAAAUUAAAACAUUUCCAGUUUAAAUGUCUUCAAAAUGCAUUCUGAAACACAAAAUAUAAAAUAUUUUGAUGUAUAUAGUGGUAAUAAUUAAAUAUUUCCUAAGUAUCGGCAACUUCCGCCAUUAAAAAGGGGGCGUGGCCCAAGCCAUGACGAAAUUAGGCUGAGCCACCUUAUGGUGAUAAGGGUCACUGUGACAAGUGUAACAACGUGGGACACGACCUACAUCAAUGAAACUUGGCACAGAUAUAGAUCAAUAUCUAAUGCUCAUACAGAUUUAAUAAAAAAGGACCUUAUCUUAUUAUAGAUACUUCGAUGAAAGAAGGGAGACUACUACUUUUUUUGUAUCGGAAAUAGGCGUCGGCGCAGAAAAAUCCGAGUUUUUAAUUUUCCGAUGUGUGUGUCUAUUUAUUAUUAAAUUAGUUCUUUCGACAUAUAUUUGAGUUCCGUUUCCGGCCUUAUAAUUUGGAAGACAUCUUGGCCUACAUUUCCAUCCAGCUAUUUUGCUUUUUUCAAUCGAGCUUCAUUUUGAAAAUCUUUGGUAUAUAUAAGGCAUCUUCGAAUACAAAAUUUUUUGUGAAAUAAAAGGAACAUGUCUUUCAUAUUAAAUCGUGUAAGGCAUUAGAUAUUGAUCUAUAUCUGUGCCAAUUCUCAUUGAUGCAGGUCGUGUCCCACGUUCGCUACGCUUCUCCCAGUGACCCAUAUCAGCAUAAAGGGGCUCAGCCUUAUUUCAACAUGGCGUGGGCCACGCCCCCUUUUUAAUGGCGGAAGUUGUCGAUACUUAAGAAAUAUUUAAUUAUUACCACUAUAUACAUCAAAAUAUUUGAUAACUUGUGUUUCAGAAUGCAUUUUGAAGACAUUUAAACUGGAAUGUUUUAAUUUGAGCUUUAAAAACCUUGUAGAGUCCAUAUUAUAAAUGAUCAGAAAUUUCCGUGUGCAACACAUUGUCAUUGGCAACCAUUCACAGCCACUUGCAUAAUGGCUAUAUCGUAGUACUAUCUCAGAGUUUCAUUCAUAAGAGUUUGCCGUGUGCAAAAACUAUUAAACCAUUGGUCAGGGAAAGCUUUAAUUAAUUAUUCAUGUGCCAAAGUUGAAAGUUUAAAAUAAGUCAACCCAAAACAGUAUUUUAGUGAUAAGGGAAUGCCUUAGCCUUAUAUAAACUAUAUAGUUAUUGCGCAUGUCACGAUCGGCGGAAUGAGGUCACAGAAAGUGGAGAUGCAGUCCAUGUUAAAAAAGGACAAACCAAGUCGUACUUUAAAAAUUCAUAACUUUAAAACUACAGCAGCUAAAAAUAUAAUUUUGGUGUUAUAAUUCUGUAAAAAUUUAGCUCUAUUCAACUAUGCCAUUGGUUUAUUUUUACAGAAUGUUUAAAUUUUUGACCAAAGUAUCUAGAUAUUGACCUACACAGGUCCCCCCAAAAAUAAUAUCACAAAAAUCUCUGAACAUUAUACUAAUUCUGAGAGAUCAUCCCAUGACGUCAUUUCCGUGUUUAUUAUAGUUGCAAUGAAUUAGGGUUCAGGUUAGGCAUAGGGAUCGAUUUAGGGUUCAGGUUAGGCAUAGGGAGCGAUUAUUAAAUUAGGGUUCAGGAUAGGUUGCCUAUGCCUAUAGUAGAUACUUCGAUGAAACAAGGGAGACUACUAUUUUUUUUGUAUCGGAAAUGUGCGUCUGAGACGAAAAAUCAGAGUUUUUAAUUUUCCAAUGUGUGUGUCUAUUUAUUAUUAAAUUAGUUCUUUCUACAUAUAUUCGAGUUCCGUUUCCGGCCUUAUAAUUUGGAAGACAUCUUGGCCUACAUUUCUAGCCAGCUAUUUUGCUUUUUUCAAUCGACCUUUAUUUUGAAAAUCUUAGGUAUAUAUAUAAGGCAUCUUCGCAUACAAAAUUUUUUGUGAAAUAAUAAGAUAAGGCCCUUUUUUGAUUAAAUCUGUAUGAGCAUUUGGUAUUGAUCUAUAUCUGUGCCAAGUUUCAUUGAUGUAGGUCGUGUCUCACGUUUGUUACGCUUGUCACAGUGACCCAUAUCACCAUAAGGUGGCUCAGCCUAAUUUCGAAUGGCGUGGGCCACGCCCCCUUUUUAAUGGGGGAAGUUGCAGAUACUUAGGAAAUAUUUAAUUAUUACCAAUAUAUACAUUUUAUAUUUUGUGUUUCAGAAUGCAUUUUGAAGAUAUUUAAACUGGAAUGUUUCAAUUUGAGCUUUAAAAACCCUGUAGAGUCUAUAUUAUAAAUAGGGGUGUGCCGGAAUCCGGUUCCGCCGGAUUUUGCACUGUCCGGUGAAAUCCGGUUCCGCCGGAUUUACAUGUAUCCGGAAUAUACCGGAUUUCGGAAUUUGCCAGAUUUUGUGACUCACCGGAUCCAGACCUGUUUACUCUUACGAUUUUGGCGUACAAUGUACGAUUUUUAGAUGUCUUUUACGAUUGUACGCCAAGACCCUCCAAAACUACGAUUUUCAGAGACCCGGUGGAAAAAAAUUUCCCCCGAUUUAAAAAAAUUAAUAAAUUUUCGGGUUUGGACGUUUUAGCCCUCUCUAAUGAAGAUCUGGCAGUGAAUAUGAACGAGAAAAAUGAUUGGUUGGAUUUUUUUUUUUUUUUUAAAGUUGGGACCAUCCUUAUUAUAUUUUGAAAGCUCUCAUGGGGACUGGGGAGGUGGGGUUGUUGAUGACGGAAAUUGUGGCAUACGAGACACGCAUGGGUAGGGGAUUGGUGGGAGUGUCAAAGGAUAUAAAUAAAUAACCCUGACGUAUCGUAUUGAUGGGAUCACAGUGAACCAGCUGGCUGCGUCAACAGUAAUAUUUAGACUUGUCGCCGUAGCGACAACUUCACCCGCCAUCGCCUUUGACUGCUACCAAGCGUGUGACGUAGUUUUGGUACAUAAUUAUUUUGUAAAACUAGAGAUAGUUUAUAUAAGGCAACGCAUCCCCUUAUCAUUAAAAUACUGUUUAGGUCCACUUAUUUUAAACUUUCAACUUUGGCACAUGAAUAAUAAUUAAAGCUUUCCCUGACCAAUGGUUCAAUAGUUUUUGCACACAGCAAACUCUUAUGAUUGAAACUCUGAGGUACUACUACAAUACAACCAUUGAGCAAGUAGCUGUGAAUGGUUGCCAAUGACAUAGUGUUGCACACGGAAAAUUCUGAUCAUUUAAUGGACUUCACCGGGUUUUUAAAGCUCAAAUUAAAACAUUCCAGUUUAAAUGUCUUCAAAAUGCAUUCUGAAACACAAGUUAUCAAAUAUUUUGAUGUAAAUAGUGGUAAUAAUUAAAUAUUUCCUAAGUAUCUGCAACUUUCGCCAUUAAAAAGGGCCCAUGCCAUGUCGAAAUUAGGCUGAGCGACCCUAUGGUAAUGUUGGUCACGGGGACAGCAUAACGAACGUGGGACACGACUUACAUCAAUGAGAAUUGCCACACAUAAAGUUCAAUAUCUAAUGAGUUUCACUUUUUAAUAUGAAAGACCUUUUCUUUUUAUUUCACAAAACAUUUUGUAUGUGAAGAUGCCUUAUAUAUACCAAAGAUUUUCAAAAUAAAGGUCGAUUGAAAAAGCAAAAUAGCUGGAUGGAAAUGUAGGCCAAGAUGUGUUCCAAAGAGAAAAGGGCGGAAGCGGAACUCAAUUAUGUGUCUAAAGGACUUAUUUAAUAAUAAAUUGACACUCACAUUAAAAAAUUAAAAAGUCUAAUUCUACAGCGUCGACGCCUAUUUCCGAUACAAAUUUUGAAGUAGUCUCCCAUGCCUUAUCGAAGUAUCUAGUUUUAAAAAAUGUAUGGCUUAUGGUUAAAAUGGUACACUUGAGCGUCAGCUAUGAAAAAAAUCCAGUUGUUCCGGCUUCAAGUGCUAUUUUAAAAAAUAGUUUUUUGUGACAUUUUACAUAUUCAUUUCAGCACGUAUGAUAUAUAAUACAAAUAAUCCAACGCAAAUUUUUUUAAGGCUGCGGCUAUUCGGACCCGGGUGCCUUCUUAAGACUAAAUGGCUAUUCGGAUGUCAUUUGUGGUAGUUUAUUUUACUGAAACUGAAGAAGUAAGUUUACAAACAUAGUGAUAUAGUCCAUUCAAUUAUCUUUCAUUUGAUACCAAAUUUUGUCUUACAAACACAAAAUAAUAUUUUAACUAUUUUUUAAGAAACCCAACCUCUCACUUGUUUUUUUUUUAUAGAAAAAAGGAAUUUAAACAAUUUGGAUCAACAAAAUUUUUGUGAUGCACUACAAGGGAGUGUUCAUGUAUCUCAUUUCUGAUUUGGUUGAUAUUGGUAUAAGCCGCCCACCUGUCUGAUACAAUUAGUGAGUGUCAGCCUGGAAGUAUAUAUCUUUCUAUACACUCUUCUAACGUGAUCAUAUGUCGAUCUGGCACUUCAAGGAUAUAGCAGCUCCUACUCUCUCUUUCUACGCCACAAAAAACCCAGUGACCCUCUCUCUACUAUCUAUCUAAUACUGUGAUAUUUGUUGUAGAAACAUUUAUUGUUUAAAUAGCACUUCAAACUGGAAAAAAUGGAUUUUUCAUAGCUGAUGGUCAAGUGGUAGAUUACUGUCAAAAUUAAGAAGACAUAAAUGUGCGAUUUCAACACAAGAGCUCCAAUUGUAAAUUGUAUUUAAAAAAUUGCAUACCGGUAACAGUAUGGUUCUCCGACCACAAUCAAUAGGUUUUAAAUAUUAACCAAAGUAUAAUUUAUGGGAAAUAACCAUUUUAGGCAAUGAAAAAUUGUAUUUGAUGAAAUUAUCAUUAGACUCCACGUUUAUUUCAUUUGUAAUAACUUAUUUGUCAAUCUAAUAUUUUUCAAAUAAUCUGUAAGGCCAAUGAUUUUGUAUUUUAAGGGGAACAAAAUAUUUUAUCUCUGCCUUUAAUAUUAUUUUUUAUUAAUUUCAGAAGUUUUUGAUCAAAGGCUAAAAUUAUGGCAGAUGAACUUGAUGUUGAAGCUAUGUUGGAAGCGCCAUAUAGAAAAGAAGUAUGUUGUGGCGCGUUUUUUACCUUAAGUUUUCUAUUUUAUGUUCAAUUUGAAAUACUUUAUAAUGAAAUACCAGGGAUACAUUAUUUUUUAAAUAAGUAUUUUUUUUCUUACAAAUAACUAGUCACUAAUUUUUACUGAAGCCUAUUAUUCAGGAUAAUAUUUAACAAUUUUUUUUUUUUUUUUAAUUAUGCUAUAGAAAUAUUUUUUUUAUCAUUAAAUAGCAGAUUAUUUAAAUUUCUUUAUCAAAGAUUUGUGCUGUUAAUGUAGUGUUUUAUAAUUUUAAUUUCAGAGUUUCUUCUCUCGUCCUACUGUGAAUGCAAUUUUAUCAUUUUCAUUCCCAUAAUUUUACAGUUUAAAAAUCUGAGGAUUAUUUCUUUUUAUAUUUCAUAAAUUGUUCAUAAAUUUUGUUACACUCAAAACAGUAUGUGUAAUUACCAACUACAGGACUGUAUGUCAUGAUGGGAAAAUGUGUUUCAAUAAACGAUUGUUUGCCUGGGUUUAAUUUUGAUCAACAGUUAUAAAAAUGAAAAGGGGAGAGGGUUGUUAAAGAUAAUGACAUACAUUUCAUGUUAAACUUCUAUUUAAAGGAAUGUGAGUUUUCAUUAAAAAUUAACAUUAAAAUUGGUUGAAUAAUACAAUACUGUAUAACACUUAUAAUUUCUUGAAUUUGACUGAUUACUCUUUCAAAUUUGUUGAGAGUUGCAAAUUUAAUGUGCAUUUAAGAAACAAAAGGUUUAUAUACCAGUAUUACCAGUGAGCUUUUCCGUCAUUUUACAAUUUGGUGAAAAUGCUUAAUUUAUUGAAUUAUUUUGAAAAGUUUAUAUAAAAUUUUAUUCUUUUUACAAACAAAUGUUUUGGCAAAAUAUUUUAGACAGCUAAAAAUAAUGUUUGUCUAACAUUUAAGUCAUAAUUGUUUGCCAGUGCAGUUAUUAUAUUACAGAAUAAGUAUUUAUAUUAGUGAAGAACACUAUCAAUUAAGCUCUCCAAUGGUUGAGAUCCUAAUUUGUAUUUUAACAUCUCAAAUAUUUCAGGACUGGGCCACCCCCUUCUAGUGUAAUCAUAUUUUUUCCCUUCACUUAGCUAAUCUAUUUGUUUUUCCCCUUUUGAAAUCCAGUGGUAUGAAACAAUAACUUCUCUAUGAGUUUCGUUUCCCAAAUACUUUUCAGGAUGUACAUGAGCAGUGAGCUAUUGAGAGCACUUUGUAGUAUUACACAAAAAAUAAGCCAUUAAGCACAUCUUGAUCUCCAUUCAGUCAUUUGUCAAGGAGACAAAGACAUGUUUGUUUUUCAGUGAACAGUAUACAAUAUAAAAUAUAUUAAUGCAAACUUCUUCGGUUAUUUCUUUCUGUCCCCUCCCCAAAAAACCCUGUUGCGCUGUGUUCCUGAUUACUUCAUAUGAUGUUUUCGGAUAUUCAGGAAGAAGGGAAAAAUGAAAAAUCUUCAUCCUCAAGAAAAGAGAAGAAGUAAGUGUCAGUUUGUUAUUUCUGUUGCUGGAGAAAAAAAUAAUUCAGAAGUUUAUUGGUGGCCAGUAAAAUGCGCUCCAGGUAUUAACUAAAUUCAGGCAGUUUCACUACAAAAUUGUGGCUCGUAUGUAGUGAAAGACAUCUACUAGGUGAUUAUUUUUUUCUUUGUAACUCAAUGUAUGAAAUCAUGUAUGGCACUUCCAGUGAUGAUAUAACCCAAGGUAGGUGAAUCCUUAAUUUUUCUCCGAUAUUUGUAUUCACUUUCGGAGUUGUAGGGCCUGAAUAACGUUUGCGUCUCAACAUCCACGUAACGAUGAGGAACACCAGAGUAUAAAGGGUCUCUUCAGCCUUUCACUGAAGUUUCUACAUUUUUUCAUUUCAGGUGAAGACUUUAAAUUGAAAAUUGAUAACCAAGCUCCACUAGAAUCUAAUUGGGUUGUUGCAAAGAAAAUGGUUGUCGUUUGUCCCUCGAUAAAUAUUUGUUUUUGUUUGUAGGCACACCUCUUGGGGUCAAGGAGAGGAGGCUUUUUGCAGCCACUUAUAUCGUGAAUUUAAUAAAUAUUGACUUGAUAAAUCUAAUUUGAUUUCUUGUUGUUGGCAUAGGUGCCCCUAUCUUGUUAUGGAGAACUUUGAAAUAGAUGCAAACCUGACAUGAAUGUGUUGCCAGGUAUGUGGUCUUAUCCUAGCACGCUUAAACCCCACAAAAAAUGAGUUAGUUCAAAAGAAGUGACCGGUACGACUGUUACAGAAUGUUUUAAGAUGAAGUGGAAAGUAACACUCUGUGCCAAAUGCUAUCAGGCAUUCCGUUUUCUAUGUCAGUUUGAUAAUGCAGGAAACAAAAAUCCAGUGAUAUUAGAAGAUAUUCAACAAACAAAAACUUAGUUUUCUCACUGAUUACAUAUUUUGCAUUGUGAAGUUUUCCUUAUUGUUCUUUGGUUCUAAUACUCUCAAAAUGAAAGCCAAAGAAAAAUCAAUUCUAUGCCAAAAUAAAUAUGUACAACAAAUGUUGGACUGGUACAUUAACAUCAAAAAUAAAAUUUUCAGGUAUUUUAGAAUGUUUUUUUUAAAUCUCAUACAAAUUUUAAGUAAAUCUUUUACAAAGUUUUCCAGUGGAACUCUAAUAAAUAAUGCUGUCAUAUGCUAAUUUAGGCAUGGGGAAAAAUCGUAUAGUACAGUAUGUGUGUUAAAAUAAUUUGUUUUACACUUGAGCAGCCCAAAGUCUAAGCGUGCUGAUUUUUUAAAAAAAAAUUUACCUAAAGUUUCUCAUGGCACUUGCCUCUUAACUCUGUGCGGUUCAAUGGUUUUUUGUUUUUUAUUUUUAAGAUCAUCUCAAAUAAUAGGAUACCACAAAAAGAGUAGCUAGUUGAUACCCAUGAUUAUUUAAUUGUUCAGAAAUGAAUGGAGAUUCAUAUUUUAUAAAUUGUGCUUGAAAAUGUGAGUUUACAUACAAUCAUGAUUGAAGUGGGAAAAUGAUAUUACAUUUUAACAUAUAUUUUUGCAUACAAGCAAACAUCCUGUAAGAAAAGGGGGGGGAGGGGAAUCUUUACAAGAAAUAGUUUAAAAUUUAUUGGUUUUUAAUUCUGCAAUAUAAUAUACAAAAUAAAGAAUUUUACAAAUGUAACUGUGAACUAUUAAUUUAAAAUAUAUUUUUGCAAAAAAGCAAACAUCCUGUAAGAAAAGGGGGGGGGGGGGAAUCUUUACAAGAAAUAGUUUAAAAUUUAUUGGUUUUUAAUUCUGCAAUAUAAUAUACAAAAUAAAGAAUUUUACAAAUGUAACUGUGAACUAUUAGUAAAUAGUGUUUUGCGGUUAAAUUUAGACAAGUGACCAUAUUAUGCAGAAUUAUUCAAAUACAAAGUUUAAAACCUGUUUUUUAAUAUUUAAAACUUAAUAUGUACCCAGUAAUACAAGUACAUUUAAAUAUGGUACGUUAUGACAACCAAUUUAAAUAUUUUGUUUGUAAAUUAUGAAAUUUUAAUGAAAAAGAAAAAAAAUAAUAAUAAUAAAAUGAGCUUACAUUUACAUGAUUAAAUCAGGCCUAAAAAAAUACACAUUUUAAGAGUCUUCUAACGUUAGGUGAUGUCUUAACAAUAAACAAUUAUUUAAAUUAGACAGAAAUGUUUAUCACAUUUCAAACAUUUAAUUUCCAUUACAGUCUGGGGCUCUUUCUUUUUGAGUCGGUAACACCGCAACAUGGAAUUAGGCUCAUGUACAUAAGUUAAGAAAAAAAAAGUAGAGUUAUGUAGGUGUUAUUUUCUUCCGGUUAGAGUAGAGGUACUUUUUUUUCUUCUCUCAUAUGUUUGUCAUAGGCAUUGGUGUAGUCAAAAAUUUUCAACACAAUCUCCUGACAGAAAAAUAGUUUGAAGAAAGUUUCUGUGGACAAGUAAUAGUUUAUUUGUAAAGUGCAGGUUAUCAUGAAAUAAAAGCAGGAUUUUGUUGAUCUAACACAGAUGUAACAGUUAUAAUAAUAUAAAUAAUUAUAUGAUGUUAGGAUAAGAAAAGUGACAUUUUUUGCAAAAAAUAAUUAUCACAUAUAAAAUCCUAAAUGUGAGACCUAUAGCACUGAAAAUAUAAUAUCAAAUAUUCCUUACCUGGAGUUUUUAGUUUUUGCAUCUCAUUUUUUUCUUGUCUGCUUUUGAGAAUCCAAAAUAUUGAGACCAGGUAUUCUUUUAGAGAUAAAUAAUACUAUGAGGUCAACAUCUUCAUAUGUUUUUGUCCAAGUCAAUGGAUUAGAGAAAAACAUUUUUUUUAAUAAUAUAAGGCUAUAUGAAAUAAACUACCUAAUGACAUGCUUUAAAAAGAAUAAAUUAAUAACUUCCAUUUUUUACUCAGAGUUAGGCAAAAACAACAAUGAAAACUAAAAUCAGCUGUUUGAUCAGCUGAUUAUAUAAACAAACAUUUUAUUUUUUUAAAUUUCAAAACGUGAUUGGAAAAUAAAAUUAUUAUUACCAUUACAACAUUCAUUGUAAGACUAUAACUAGGAUCCUAUUAUUUAAUCGCAAAAUAUGUUUUAUUGUUCCGAUUAUUUACAAGUGUUAAUUUUAUUGGCCUAAUCGUGUAAAUACUGGACUUAGGUUGUUUGAAACUACUUGUUUAGGUAAAGAAAAUCCACGUCUUCAUCUGAUGCUGUUUCAUAUUCCUUUGUAUCCCAUUCAUCAGAAGAGUCCCUUAGGGUUUCAUCAACAUAAUUUCAGUGUUUUCUAAAUUCAUUUUGGAUUUUAAAAUUUUAUAAGCAGCUAGCUCGAUUUGAGUCCAGACGAGAUCAAAAUGGAUGACAUAAACUCGUCUUGGUCGUGUUGAUGUAAAAGAAACAAUUUUUAAUUGAUCAUUAUAUGUUAAACUUUAAUUUUUAUAAAUUAAAUCCUUUUUAUUAUAAUAUUAAUUUUAUUUCAAAACAAAUAUAUAUUUUUUUUUUUAAAUUAGCAGAACUAUGGCAAAAACACCAGAUUUCUCUAUAAUUGGAACGCACAGAGUUAAAUUUAAAGGAUAAAUCAGUUGCCUUUUAAUUUAUUAAGCCAGAAAUGGCUUUGACUUCAGUGAAGAAACUAGUGUUCCCACUUCUUGUAAAUGCUCUAUAAUGCACCUAAUUUAACAUGAAAAUCAUUGGGAUGACCUUUAAAAGAAACAUUUAUUAUUAUUGAGUUCCACUGUAACUUUUUUUUUCACUCAGUUUAAAGCAGUAUUACUGCCUUGGUAAGUUUUAUCCACUUAAUGAUAAAAGAAAAAUAAUGAGCUUUAAAUGCUUUGCUUUGUAAGAAUAUUGUUUGUUAAUUUUUGUGUGUGUUUUGUUCCUAAAAUUUAUAAAUGCAUCAAAAUUAUAGGCUCUUAUCAAUUUUUUUUCUUUUGUAUUCAUUUUCAGAAAAAAAAGAAGUAGAAGUAAGAGCCAAGAGCGCAGUAAAAGCCACAAAAGGUAGCAAAAAUUAUAGUGGUUGAUGUUCCACUUGUGGGUCAAUAUUAUUAACUUCUAACCUACGAAUUCCAAAAUUAGCUUUGCUCUAUUAAAUUUCCAUUUUGUAUCUUUGUUGUUCUUCCUCAAUUUAUUUUCAUGUGGAAAUUCAUACACUUCUAGUCACAUUGUAGCACAAUUUAAAUUUUCGAAAGAGAUCUGCAUUAUUUAUUUUUUGUGUGUUAUUCAGAAGUGUGAAAUUGUUUUUUAAUGCAAUUUUUUCCAUUACUUUUAACUAAAGAUACUCCUACAAUGUGUUUAAAAAAAUUAAUGUUACAAUUCCCCUGUAGUUUCUUUUUUAAUUGAUAUGAUAGUCGAGGCUAUUGAAAUAAUUGUUUUUAAUUCAUAGAUGGCUUUCUGUCUGUAGGAAUAGAGUAAAUGUUUGAGAUUUCCCAAUGUCAAAUGCUUCUUUCUUAGGUCCCGAAGUCGUGAGAAGAGAUCCCGCAGCAAAGAAUUAACAUCAAAAAGUAGGGACAGAAGAUCAAGAAGUCGUGAUAAACGGUCCAAAAGCCGCGAUAAACGAUCUAGAAGUCGCAGCCGUGACAAAAAACGUAGAGAGGGUCAACGAGACCGACGUCGCAGCCGUAGCAGGGAUCGAGAUGUGGAUCGGGAAAGGAGGAGGCGUAGCAGAUCUCCACGUGGCUCCAGGAGACGGAGUAAAAGCCCUAUCAGGUUUGUUAAAAAGGUUUUAAAAUAAAGUUAGACAUAAUUAUUAAAGAAAUGAAGAUUGAGCUCUCAAAUAAAAUGGUAGUUUAUUAUUACUAAUAUUAACCCUCGAACUGUGGUCGGUCGAAGAAAUCGGCCGAUAUUCUUGUUCUGUACUGUGGCGGCCGAAAAAAAUCGGCCAAUUAAAAACUGGCCGAUUAAAAACAUGGUCCGAUAGCAACUUCCAAUCCAAUAUUUGACUGGAAUCAUAGCCACUUCCUUUUAUUAAUAAUUAAAUUAACUUCCGGGUCCAGCUGUUUCUGGAUAACUUAACAAGUACUUUUUAAUCGGAGUUUUAUUUUGCUGUUUUUUUUUUUUAAGCUAAAAUGGAUGAAGCCAUGGCUGGGCCUUCAGUGCGAGAACUAACAUAAAUAUUUUUGAAAGCUUUUUAGGAGAGGAUUUAAGUGAUACUGAUAAUGAUUUUAACAUUCUCCAUGGCAUCUCACUUCAGAUUCUUCUUCUCGUGAAUCUGAUGCUUUUUCUUAGUGAUACUUUCUUAGUGAUACUGAAGUAGGCCUACUGUUAGACUUCGAGCCAGGCCCGGAGGUUGGGCAAGGACUGACUGAAUUUUAGUCACAGAAGCUACAGAUUAUAGAUCAGAACUAAUAAAUUUUAUAGUUAAACAACCCAAAUCAGUUCCACAGUUCCCUUUUAAAUAUUUACUAGUCAAUAACUAUUUUGCCUGAGAUUUUGUAUGUUGUACUUGGUUUUAGCUGUGGUCCUUGUUUCUUAUUUUUUUCAGUAAUAAUUGACCUAUAAUUACUAAAAUUGCUUUCGGAGGUUUAAUUGUAAUCAAAACCUUAGCAAACUAUGCAUCUUUGAAAGAUAAAUGAAUUCGCUACAACAUUUAGAUUAGUGUUUUAAGUCUAUCUAUAAAAAUUAAUCAUGUUAUGAGCACUUGAAAGCGCGACAUUUUGUUGAUUUUUUUUUUUUCUUGAACACUCCAAGGUUAAGGACACUGAGCAAAAUUUUUUUUUACAGGGUGGGCAAUAUAGCCAACUUUAUCCCCAUCCAGUUACCUUUCUAAAAUAUAUAAACUUAUUGGGGUCUUGUAUCAAUAUUUCUUUGUCAUUUAAUGCAAUUUCAAAAGGCACUCAAAAAGCUCUGAAAGGCUUCCACACUACAGAAUGAUGCAUGGCACAGUUCGAGGUUGACCGUUAACCGUUAAUAUUACAAAUAUUAAUUUACACCACACCUCCCACCCCCGUAACCUAAAGCCUUUACUUUUACAUCAGUUCUUGUUGAGACAUUUCAAAAGGCGUAAUAAAUAAAUUUUAAUUAUCGGAAUUUCAUUAAAUGAAAGCAUUUCAGGUUAAUUGCCUGCCCCUAUUUGCAGAAUCUAAUUAAAACCUACCUCAACUCUACUCAGUUGUAUGUAGAACAUUUACUUUUUUUCCCAUCUUUUUAUAUGUAAAAAUACAAAUAUGGAAUGCAAUUAAAUAUAGGAAAAUCAACCUGUGAUAAGCAUUUAAAGCUAGUAGAUUGCAAAAAAAAAAUGUGCAUUUUAGAGUCAAGAAAUGGUCAAUAGAAAUAUAACUUCCUAUCCUUUAUAGAGGGAGGGAACAGCUUUUAUUGUACAAAUACUUUUUUAUUACAAUUGUAGCAUGACAAAUUAAAGUUAAGAAGUACCAGAACUGGCUCAUGCAUUAUCUGGCUAUAUUAUGUUCUUACAAUAUUUUAGAAAAAUGGCAGGAAUUUAAAAAAUUUUUAUGAUGGAACUUAUUUGACAUCCACAUGUUUCGGGUAGUAUAUGAUGAGCUGUUCAGAUGAAUUCAUACAUAAAACUGCAUUUAAAUUUAAUUUUCAUAGGAACAUUAUGUGACAUGAUAUCUUUUUUCUUCCAGAAAAAGUCUACCUGAUACUGAACCUAAAAGGUACACCCGCUGAUAAAUGAAAAUAUUUGUUUUUAAACUGUUAAGAAUUAUUUAAGUAUAACAAAACCAUUUUAAAGAAUGAAGAACAAAAAAUGCAGCAUUUUUCCAGGCCAUAGUCCUUCUUAGGGCUCAUUUGAAUUGUAAUUAUUUAUAGAACCCUGGUUAUGGGGUUUGCAAUGUAUUUUAUGUUUUCUAAUGUAUGUUCCUAAUCAAUCAUUCUUAUUCCCCAGUGUAAAAUAAAAACCCACAACCUAAACACUGUUUGUAGUAUAAGAAUUUUUUUAUAUUAAGUAAAACUGCUUGCAAACAAACUCUUUUUUAUUAAUCUUACAUGUUUCUUUUAUUUCAGGGUUGAUCCGCCCAGAAUUGAAAGACAAAGGUAAAAAUAUUUGUAUUUCUUUACCCUAAAUUGAUUAUGUUUAAGUACUGAUAAUGUAAUUUAUACUAUAUGGGAGUUUGUUUUUUUACCUGUUCUAUCUUUUAAAUUACAGGGAACCAGAGCUUACUCCAGAGGAAAGAGAUGUUAGAACAGUGUUUUGCAUGCAGUUAUCUGCUCGAAUUAGACCCAGAGACUUGGAAGAGUUUUUUUCAUCUGUUGGCAAAGUAAAAAAAAAUAUUUAAUUCUUAAAAGCUUAAACAUGUCUUCAUUUAUUAUUUUCUCAUUAUCUCAUCAAUAUUUAAGGCAUUUCUGUAAAACAAUAUGAAAAUAUGUAUUCUCUUUCUAUUUUCAUCAUAAACUAUCAAAUUUUUUUAAAAGCCAUUUUCAAAUAUCAAAUAAUUAAUUAAAUUUACGCUUUCCAAGUGCAUCAUUGCCUUAUAAAAUAUAGACCUGUGUUUUAAAUGCUAUGAUCAAAGCAUUUUUAUGAAAUAAAAUGAUAUUAAAUUUUUUUGACAGGUUCGUGAUGUGCGUCUUAUUACAGACAAUAAGACACGCAGGUCAAAGGGCAUCUGCUAUGUAGAGUUUGUUGAUCCUGAGUCUGUUCCCUUGGCCAUUGGUUUGUCUGGUCAGAAACUCCUGGGUGUACCUAUAUUAGUGCAGCCAUCGCAGGCUGAGAAAAAUAGGGCUCAACCUGCUGCAGCUCCUGCUCCACAAAAGCCCAGUGAAGGACCUAUGAGGCUUUAUGUUGGGUCUUUACAUUUUAAUAUAACAGAAGAUAUGCUUCGGGGAAUUUUUGAGCCAUUUGGAAAGGUUAGCAUUGUUUGUUUUUAUUCACCUUUUAACUUUUUCCAUGCCGAUAGUCGCGCUUGUGCCAAAAAAUAAAAAAUUUUAGUUUAUUUUGUUGCCUGCAGCUAUCAAUCCGACAUUUUACUUUUUAUGUUCUCAAAUGAACUAUAACUCUUCCUGCUUCCUUCCUGUUAAAAUAAGAUGUGUUUACAUUUGUUUUCCUAAUAAUUGUGUUGAAACUUUUGAAAUAAAGCAAUGGCCACGCCUACUACAAGGAAAUCAGGUGUUGCUAGACCACAUAGGUUGUUAACCCAUUCGCUUCUAACCACUAACAUCAAAAAAAAAACUGAAAUUCUAAGCAAAGGGAGAUCACUCUAAAAAAAUGCACCCCUAUGUUAAAUAAAAAUGAUUUAAACGACGAAAAAUCAACUUAAAAUAACAAUACAUGCAUUAAAAACAUAGAAAAUUGGAUGAGCUUUUAAAAAAUGUAUAGUUUUAUAGACUUUAUUUUACUAAUUUAUUUUCUAAAAAUCCUGGAAAUCUACAGACAGCUGUUAAUGUGCUGUUUGGCAUUCCUAAUAUGAUCCAAUAGUGGCCAUACUUUGUCCAGGGGAUCAUAGUUUGCACUGUUUUUGGCUGGAGUUUUUUCACUAUUGGAGAUGUGAAAAUACUGUCUGAUUUUUUUCAAAACGGGUGCGCCUUAUCACAUCUGCAACUGUAGGUACCCUCCACAGCUUUUCAGCAGACCAGUACAAUUUUGUAGUUGGCAAUUUAUGAGGUCCAGACAUAAUAUUUAUGUAAUGUAAAGGAAUUUCUAUAAGUCCUCAUUUGAAACACACUUCCACUUGAUGUCUUGGUUCAUUUCAACCACAAUCAUCUCCACGUGGCAUCAGUCACAAACAGUUUGAAGUAGACUGCUGUCAAUAUGAAGGUUGUGAAUUUCACCUAUUAUUUCAUUAAACAACUGUAAUUUGUCAGUAACACUGGUAAAAUUAUCUGACUUCUUCAUCACUGUCGUUAGCUUCACUUUCAUCUGUAUGUUCCAAUUCACAGUCUAAGUCAAGCAUUUUGGUCUAUCUCAAUAUCUGAUUUGUCCUCGUCUGAAUUAUUUACAACUGAAUAAUUAGACAUUGAAGCAGCAAUCGAGUCGAGAAACUGAAACGCCAUAGCAAAACAAUUCUCUGAAAACACACUUCCAAAUUCACUAAAUGUAGCCCAACUUCCACACCACGCAGCUUUCAAACCAUAAAUAGUAGAACCAUCUGUUUUUAAAAAAAAACGAAAUCAGCUAUGUUUCUACUUUUUGAAAGGCCCAAAGCUAUUUGCACAGAAACAAUGCUUUUCACAGUAUCACAUGUUAUAUGCAUGCUGCUAUGUGUCAUGUCGUAAUACUAGCGAGGGGGCUAUGUCGCAUUUGGUAGCAAUAGUAACCAAUUGGUUUAAAUUUGCAAGCACAAGAAGUUUUAUUGUAACAAAUCAAUGCUGAAACAUUGGACAAUAACCUUGAAUCUGAUUCAAGUGAGGAUUUUCAGCUUUCUGAUGGGUUGGUAGAUGGAAAUAGAGGAGGUGAUGAUAAUAACAGUGGUGACAGUGAGGAUUCAGAUUAUAAUACUCCUGUUCCUGUAAAGAGAAGUUGGUGAUAAGGCUGAAAAGGUACAGGAAAAAUAGCAUCAAGAAGAAACAUAGCUGCUACUGUUAACUAUAGUGGUGACAGAGGUGGUUGCUACAAUAAAGUAGUCUUGCAUACCUGUUUACUCUUACGAUUUUGAUGUACAAUUUUCUAUUUAGAGGUGUAUAAUUAUAUAAACUGUAUGUUUAUUUUUUUACUAAUAAGAUAAUGUAUUGAACGAUUUUGUGAUGAUAUUGUACGAUUUUAAGAGUUUAAGGGUAAACAGGUCUGGUGUUGAUGAAAAAUAUCCCCCUGUUACAACACUCAUGUCUUCAUAAAUGGAAAAUUGUAACACAUCCUGAUCUUUUGAAGUUCCUAACUGUUUUAGUCUGAUAAGUUAGAUUUUGUGCACCUUUUAAAAAAAAAAAUCUCAUAAUAUUACCAAUAAAAUUUAAAGUAUUAUUGUAGUAUUGUUUUAUCUUUUACAUAUUAUUAUUAUCUGUCUAAUUUACUUUAAUUUGAUAUGAAAUGCAGUUAUCUUGCUUAGCAAAUGCUAUUCAAAAUUCAUUAAUAAAUGAAAUAAGAGCAUUUUUAAAAAAAAUUCUAUUGGCCAAAAACUGGUCUUGCACAAAUAUGGAAAGCCACCCUGGCAUGGAAAGAGUUAAUAUUUUAUUGAAACUGCCAACACAUCCUAAAUAUUUGUAUAAUAGUCUGCAAGACAAUUAGUGUUUAUUUAAUGUUUUGGAAUGGGUAGAUGAUAAUUUAAAUCCUGUUUUUUUUGUACUUUUCAGAUUAUUGAUAUAAAGAUUAUGCGAGAUCAUGAAACACAGCGAUCUCUCGGCUUUGGAUUCAUUAGUGUAAGAUUAAAAUUUAAAAUAUAGUGAGCAUUGGUGUUAUGGGCAUUUAUGUAGUUUAUCUUAUCUAAUGACCUAGUACAUAUCAAAGCCAGGGUCUACAUGAUGAUAGCUAAACUUUUUUUUUUUAUCUGAAUGAUAAGCACAGUGCUAUUUUCAUCAUCUUUCUGUAAAAUGGAUUAAUUAUGUUCACUUUUGUCGAGAAACACCUAUUAUAUUUCAAUUCCACAUUAAAAUAUUGAUUCCACAUUAAAAUAUUGAUAAGAAUGACGAGAAUAAUAGUUAUUGAGAAAGUCAUUUAAAUGUAUUUACCUAUGGCCAGGUGUAAUAAAUAGUAUAAUAUUAAAAGUAAACGGCCUUCAUUAUUUUAGUUAAGGCCUUUAUUUAUUUAUUGUUGUGUAAAGCUCUUUUACCGAAUUAACAACAUAGUUAAUGCUAGUUUUUUAUCAGCACAAAAGAGAGGAUCAAAUUAUGCAAAAUUCCUUAAUCAAAAAAAAAAUAACACCUGUAAAUUCUUGAAAUUUCAGUUUGCUAAUGCAGAUGAUGCUAAAAAGGCUCUUGAUCAACUAAAUGGUUUCGAAUUGGCUGGACGCCCAAUGAAAGUAGGUCAUGUUACUGAACGCACAUCAGAAAAUGGACAGCCGCCAGGUCAAGGACAACUAGAUACUGAUGAAAUGGACAGAGCAGGCAUUGAUCUUGGUGCUACAGGACGACUGCAGCUAAUGGCAAAAUUAGCAGAAGGUAUUUGAUGGAAAAUUGUUUUUAUGCUUGUUGAAUAAUUUUUACGAUAAAAAAUACAAGAAUUAGAAUGAUAGAAAUAAUAUUUAUAGAUUAUAUAUGAAGAGUCGAAUUUCAAAAUGAUGUAUCUCCAUUUUUGGGGUUUUGGGAUAUUCGACUUUUUCUGCUACUUUAAGUAAAUGCUAAUUUAGGUAUAUAUUCAAAAUAUAAGUUAGAUUAUGAUGAAAAUUGAAAUGUAGGUUAAUUAAAAUGUAUUUAUUUACUUGGUUGAAUUUCUUAUUUCGUUUCAAAAUGCUGUGUAUACACCUAUAAAUUGGCGGCAAAAUGCUGUAUAUCCAUUUUGAUAGCACAACAUUAUUCCCAGCAGCAAAUAAUUCAGUUGUUUAAAGAUUACAAACCACUUACAUAACAAAAUAAAAUUAAAUUGUAUCAAAUACAUUAUAUAAUUGUGUGUAUGAUAAAUGUUUUUAUUGAUAUAUUAAUUAACAGAACAGUAUUAUAAAUGCUGGGAAGUCUCUUGUAAUAGUGUAAUGUUUAGAGUGCUAUACGUUUGCAUCAUUGUUUUUUAUAAAUCUGAAUUCUACACAAAAGUAAAUAAGAUAAUGUUCAAUUCAAAAAUCAUUUUAUUUGAAUCUAGAUCGACACAAUAGAAAUUAAUGAAGUGUCUGAUUCAGAGUGUGCAUCAUCUUCAAUAGCAGUUUGGUUUUGUUCCAGGAAAAGUUGAUGCUUCUUAUUUACAUUCAAAUCAGAGGGCAAAUAUUUCAGUCCUUGAGCACCCUUUCUUCUGUAAUGGCUGGAUCUGCAUGUAAAAGAUUGAAUGUAUAAUAAAUAACACAGCUAGAUCUAACUCUGUAAAGCAACUUUUUAUUUUUAUUUCUUUAACACUUCUGGUGUGUAGCUACCAUAACCAUAAUAAUAAUGAAUUUAAAAUGAAAUUUAGUGGUUUUUUUAAUAAAGUUACCAGUAACUCACCUUGCAGAACCAUGUAUCUUUCCUCCGCUUGAUUGACAAAAUGAUUUUUCGUUUUCUCUUGUUGAGCUUUUUUUUCUUUAUUUUUCGAGAUUUUAUAGUACAAGCAACUCUUUCAUUCAGGCCGUCGUUAUGCACCAUGUUUGUUGUUGUCUCACGUCGUGAUGUUUAGUGAGCAUGCGCAGAAUAGCUUGCCAAUCACACGGAUUGGUCCGAAAAUAUAUACAGCAUUUUGGUAAUAAAAAAAAAAAAUUCACACCGUGUUUUGAAAAUAAAAUCAUUUUAGACAUAGAAUAUUAUAGUAUUAAAAUGUGUUUUGAGAUAAACUUUAACAUGUCCUAAAGGAACCUGGUUUGCUCUACAAGAAUGUACAGUAAUCUCAUUUUUUUUCAAAAUGGCGGAUACGGCGUUUUGAAAAUCGACUCUUCGUAUAUUUAUAUUGAUUUUUAUAAUAAAGGAAUAUUAAAAAGUAUCCUGUGCGAUAAUGAAAAUCCAUCACAAGGUACGUUUUGAAUUUUUCAAUCAUCUUUAUUUAUAUCCUAAAAUAGGAACAGGAUUCCAGAUUCCGCAUUAUGCUGCAAAUGCCCUUAACAACUUGACCCAUGCAGCAGGCUCAAUUGGUGGAAUACCUAUAAACCCCCACGCACCUCUGCCUCUGCAAGCUGGGCUUCAAGCAAAUCUGGCAGCAACACCUGGGGCAGCUGUAGCCCAACAUAUCCAGCUUGCUGCUCCUCCCAUUGCCACUCAGUGUUUCAUGUUGUCAAAUAUGUUUGAACCAGCUACGUAAGUAUUUCAUUAGUAAUAAAAUUAAACUAUUAAUACUAAUUUAGUUCAUAUUUGUACUAAAUAAAAGCAUCAAUUUGAUUUGGAUUACUAAAACAUCAGUUAAUUGAAACUCAAAAUGCAUAAUCGGUAGGCAUAAAAAUCGAAAAGUCAUUGGAAGCAAUGAGCACAGUACCAAGAGACUCACUCAUUAGCUAGCUUAUUUUCAGCUGAUUUAUGAAAUCUUUAAGCCCUAUCUUUUAUUUCAAAUAUUUGUAAUAAAAAACACUCAUUGUUGUAUUGAUUUUGUGAAGUCAUGAUGUUUGUUAUAACUCAAGGUUAUAUCAAUUUUUUAAUUCGAUUUUAAUUUUCAGCGAAACAAGAACUAACUGGGACCAGGAAGUUCGUGAUGAUGUCAUUGAUGAAUGUAAUAAGCAUGGAGGUGUGCUUCAUCUUUAUGUUGACAAAAACUCACCUCAAGGCAAUGUUUAUGUAAAAUGUCCAAGUAUAUCUGCAGCUGUAGCAUCUGUUAAUGCUUUACAUGGAAGAUUUUACGCAGGUUAGUUGUUGUGUAAUUGUUAUAUCGUUUUAUAUGCAAAUCUUAGAUUUCAGUGGUAGUCAAGAUAAAUCUGUUUAUGAUAUUAACUAAGAAGUUUUUUUUUUCAAGACUUAAUCUUGUAAAUGUUAAUCAUAAUAUACCGGUAAUAGAUGAAUCCAUUGUGGUACACACAUGAUUACAGUGAUUGAUAAAAGACAUAGGAGCCAGAAUGAUCAAUUCAUUGAUCCUGGGCCCUCAAAAUAAAGAAGAAGUGUUUAUUAUUUUAUGGUUUUGAAUGCACUUAUUAUCCUAAGUAAGUAUAAAAAAAUAGGAGUCACUGUGUGUAGAAAUGGUCAUAAUACUUUUUCUUAAAGCUGAUGUUAAACCUUGGAAUUCUACUUUUGUAAAAAGGAAUAGAAGUGUUAGUGUAAUAACACCUUAGAUCAUAUUCAAGUGUGGCCAAUAAUUAUUUAUACAACCUUGUUGCUUAGAUAGUUUUUAACCUGAAGCUUAUCUCAAAAAGUGACAUUUUAAUCCCUCAUUGGGUAUCUAUGCAACAUAUUACUAUUACCAACAGGAAGCUUCAAUGAUGAUUAAAUUUUAAUUAUUGAAAUAAAAUUUUAGGACCUAAACAAAAUAUCCUGCUUUGAAACUCACAGAUGUGCUUUGGUGAAUGGCUAAAUAAUCUUAUUAUUUUGAAGUUGUCAUUGGAAGCACAAAUUUAAUUUGGACAUUUGAAGAUGCAUUAUCUCAUUUUGUUUAUGAUGUUUUAACUGACAACUUUGAACAUUUCAUUGUCAUGUUUUGAUUUAACAGUCAAGAUUACUAAAUAUAUUUUUGUUUUUUUUUCUUUCAGGGCGUGUGAUCACAGCAGCUUAUGUACCUCUCCCUAAUUAUCACAGUCUUUUUGCUGACUCUGUCCGUGCUAACCAGCUCCUCAUGCCAUCAUCCCAAGCGCUCUCUGCCUCAUAUCAAACAGGAUUUAUGUCACAACCUCCUUUGCGAUAGUUUUGUAUGUGCUUUUUAUUUUUUAAUAAACGUAUGUUUUAUUUUAAAUUCAGGUCUAUCAAUAUGCAGGUAUACAUGAAUCAUUCAAUGUUUCAACAGUCAUAACCAUUUAAAAUAAAGAGCAGCUUACAUGUAUUUGGUCGUUUUCAAAGUCAGCAGAGAAGUUUAUUAUCUUGUGUUAUCCGAAGUUGUUUGUAAAUUGUAUAAAAUCCCCACAUAAUGGUACCUAAGGGGUAAAAUUUAUCUCAGUCAAGUCACAAUACAGAGUAUGUAUAUUAAUUAGUAUGGUGGUUUUUUUUUUUAAUUUUUUUAUUGUAAGUUUUUAAUGUUACAACUAAUAACAAAAAUAUAUUUUAAAGAUUUUCUGUCUCUUCUCCCCCUUAAAUUAAAGCCUUGUCCAUAAGUUAACAAGUAAAAAGUGUUGAGCCUCAGCAUAUGAGCUUCUAAAUUUGUAGUGUGAUGUGUACAUUUCCUUUGUUGGUGAGGCAUUAAUUAUGUCUUGAAGUAGAUGUUUUCAUUUUUAAAAUAUGAUAAUUGCUUGUUUUUUAAAAUAGUCAAACAUUUUUUUUUAAUUUAGUAUAUUUAUAGUUAAUGGGUAAGACAAAUGGUCUUAUUACAAGUACUGGUAAUACAGUGCAACUACAGAGAGAAAUAAUUUAGUAUCUAUGAGUCGUGUGUGGUUCAAGCUUUGCUAGGAGUCAUCAAUUUUUCUUAUCCCGGGGUACUGUUAAUUUUAAAAGCGGAUAAAUUAUAUCCAAAACCAAUACUGAAUCCACUAUCUAUUGUGGAGUUUGUGUUACUGCCCUUGGGAGUAGGAUGUGUUCACAUUUUCAGAUUGUAAUUUGACAUUGUAAGUAAAAUUCCCCUUGACCUAGAUUUGACUAUGAAUGAUCUUAACCUGUUUUUUGAGUUUGAUCUAGUGAUUUCAUUACGUAUGUAAAUAACAUACUCUUAGUUUGGGCCAUAAAAAAGGUGCAUUUCUUAGUCUAGUAUUAUUUGGUCAUGAUAAUAAUCUGCUGUAUUUAAUACAUAUGAAAUAAUAAUAAAAUGCCUUUCAGAAUUG